CAACUGUCAAAGCAUCAGGAGCGAAUAAUGACAAGCAGCUGCCACAACUAAUUCGCGAAAAGUCAAUUUGGUGAAAGUGUUUGUGUUAUUAUCAGAAAAACUGCUGAAAAUUUGUUUCAUAUUUCAAGUAUUUAUACAUUUUCUAUAGUUAGUUGUAUUAUAUUCAUCAAAACAAAGGAAAAAUGUUGGACAUCAAGUGAUUACUGAUAAGUUUUUAAAAUGCAAAGUGCUACAGUGAAAGAAAAAUCGCAAUUAUACAUACAUACAUAUAUGCGCAGAUAAAUCAUUGUGUGUGAAGUGAAGAUUUUGAUGACGAGUGUGAAAGAGCAACAGCUGAAAAGUUAAAUAAGCAAUUUUAUCAUUUGUGUGGUGGCGAAUUCGGAUAUUGUGUUUUAAAUUGGUUACAAAGUGGUGCUUUUGAUCCAGUGCAAAUAGGAUAAUCAUCCAAAAUGCGUUCCACCAUAGAAUUUGAGGAGUGUCUUAAGGAUUCACCCCGUUUUCGACAAUUCAUUUCCAAGGAAGAAACUGAUAUUGAACAUUUGGAGCAACGGCUUGAGAAAAUAAUCAAACUCUGCACUGUGGCUGUGGACUCAGGCAAGGAGUAUGUAAAGAACCAGAGCGCCUUCGCUAUGUCCUUAUGGGAUUUGCAGCAACAUUUUGCCGAUAAUAAGAACGCGCACAAUGCUUUGGGCAAACUGAUACACUGUUUUCAGGAAAUGAACAAGUUUCAUACCAUUCUAUUGGAUCAAGCGAGUCGCACGGUUUUGAAGAACCUCAAAGUAUUCGUCAAAGACGACAUCAAUCAAGUUAAGGACUAUAAAGGACACUUCCUCAAGGUAUCCGAGGGUUACGAUAAUGCGCUCAUAAAAAAUGCACAGGCAAGCAAGAAUCGGCCACAAGAAGUACAAGAGGCAGCUAACAUAUUAUCAGCUAGUAAAUCAUGCUUUCAACACACCGCAUUAGACUAUGUAAAUUAUAUAACUUUAGUACAAUCGCGUAAGGUUCCAUCGAUUUUAUCAACGCUCGUAGACUACUAUCAGGCUUGCGUUACCUACUACCAUCAAGGUUUCGAUUUGUGCAACGAUUUUGAUGAGUUCUUCAAAAAUAUAACGGAAGAUUUGAAUUGUUUACGCGGUGACUAUCAACAAUUAGAGAAGGCCAUGCAGAACCGCCACAUGAGUGUGAACAAUUUUAGUGAUACAAAUACGAAUAGCACUUCCAAUAAAAUCGAAGGCUAUUUAUUCAAGAAAAAAUCGAAAGGAUUCAAAACAUGGUGCCGUCGUUGGUUCUAUUUGAGCAAUAAUCAGCUAGUCUAUAGUGAUUUGGAUUCGAAUUGCAGAAAACGCAGUAAUGAGGAUUCAUUCUCCGUUAUGGAGGAGGAUUUGCGCAUUUGUACGGUGCGUCCCGUCAACGAUGGCGAUCGUCGCUUCUGCUUCGAAGUUAUUUCGCCAACAAAAUCGCACAUUUUGCAAGCAGACUCCGCUGAUAUGUUGUCGCUGUGGAUUUCGGCGUUGCAGAAAAGCAUUGGCGCUGCCAUACAGCACGACAGCCAACAUUCCAGACCACAGUCGUCGCUGGCGACGAAUGCACUCAAUGCGAAGCGGAAAAUUCACUGGGAGCAAUUCCUAAAAAUUCCCGGUAAUUCGCAAUGCUGCGAUUGUCGCGGCUCCGAUCCGCGUUGGGCCUCCAUCAAUUUGGGUAUAACGCUGUGCAUAGAAUGCUCCGGUGUGCAUCGCAGUCUCGGCGUGCACUACAGCAAGGUGCGUUCGCUUACGCUCGACGCCUGGGAGACGGAGAACGUGAAGGUGAUGAUGGAAUUGGGCAAUAAUGUGGUGAAUCGCAUUUACGAGGCACGUAUCGGCGAUAAUUGUGAACUGAAAGCGGCCACAGAGAAUUGCGAUAUUAGUGUGCGCGAGGCGUGGAUAAAGGCGAAAUAUGUGGAAAAGCGUUUCGUGUGUGCCAUGCCGAAACCGCAAGAGUUGCUCGCCAGCGAAACUGCUGAAGUGCUCUCCAUUGAUAGUGGCGGUGACGGUGGCGGCGGUGGAGGUGCUGAUGCUGAGGAGCCACGUAGCUUGAGUAAGACCACAACGCUUUCGUUGGGUGCACGCAAAUGGGCGGUUAAGAAAUAUCGCCGUCGCCGGCAUCGUGACCGGCAUCGUUCUAGCUCGAAGUCUGACGAUGAUGACGAGUCGAUAAAUCUUCCCUCGCUCUCGUUGAGUAUUUCACGUGAAGAUUUGAUGUUAAUCGGCGAUGAUUUAGCGCUGGAAUCGGACGAAACGCCCGCCAUUCUAGGCUCGGAUCAAGAGUCCACCGAUGGCGAAGUCGAACCGGAAAUAUUAGAUGAGGUGCCCUUUUCCAAACUCGAUGCGAAUCUCAUGUUGUACAAAGCGGCGGCGGUGCAUAAUUUGCCUGUGAUGUGCAUGGCCUAUGCACUGGGUGUCAAUAAACACUGGAAGAAUCCGAACGAUCACAAUCGCACAUAUUUGCAUCAGGCGGUGCUGUCGGGCUCAGUAAUGGCAUGCGAGUACUUAUUGUUGAAUGGCGUGCCUAUCGAUGCGGCCGACGACAAUGGUGAGACGGCGUUACACAUGUCCACCGCACGAGGUUACAUAGCGCAGGUGUAUUUGCUGCUUAAACACAAAGCCAAAUAUGACACCGAAUCGAAUGAGGGCAAAAAACCGCUCGACAUAGCGGUGGAUCAACGCAAUGCCGACAUUGUGACACUCUUGCGUCUGACGCGCUUGAACGACGAGAUCGGCAUGAAUGACGAAGGAAAUGGCGAAGAUGAAACCUAUAAAGAUGUUAUGAAAGACUUUUCCAAUUUUGCAUCAAGUCAACCACGCAUGUUGCGCAAUCGCAACGACACCAAUACACUCGAAUCACAACGUUCUUCCCUCACCAAUUCGGACUAGUCCGUACGACAGCAGCAAAAUGCGUCGAUUACAAAAAAAUAAUUAUUAAAAUAAAUAUAUACAUAUAUAUAUUUAAUGCAACUGCAAGCAAGCAUAGCGGAGUGCACUCGAAAAUUGACAAAAAGAAAAACACAAAUAUGAUUAUUGGAUAAACAAAUAUUAGCCGCUUUUGGUGUACACAUACAAACAUAAAAUGAACGUAAAUUAAAUUAAAUUACUGAACUUAACACAAAAUAUGACUGUCUACAUGUAGGCGUGCGUCGUUGAGCACAAUAUACAUACAUAUAUUAAAGUAUUUUGAAUAUUUGUACCUACUAUAUUACGUAUACAUAUACAUAUACAAACAUAUUUAGCAGCGUAUGUAUGUAUGCUCAUAAUUCGCAUGAUCAAAAUACAUACUCUAGCAUACAUAGUGCUGUAGCGCAAUCAAAAAAAAAAAAAACAGAAUAAUGUGAAAAAAUAUGAAUUUAGACAAUUUUAUAUUUCGUGUAAUAGUUCGUCAGCGGCUGACUCGUUUCAAAUGUAAAGUAUAAAAAUUUGUGUGUUUAAGAAGAUUUUUGCCAAAAAUUGUUGCUAUUUAUACUAUUGUUUUUGAGGGAUAUCAAACUGUAAAUCUCUAUUGUUCGUUGUUAUUCACUGAAAAAUGUUUGUUGCAUUCACAUUCAAUAAUUUCAAUUGCCUCAUGCAUUUAGUUAAACGAAACGCUUGUGCAGACUUGUAUUUUGUUGCAGGAAAGUAAGAGAAUCUUAUCUUAUUCAAAA